ACCACGCCUACCAAGGGCCGGCCUCAGCCACUGCAGCUGAGCUCAGAGCCUUCUGUGGGGUUUGCGGGGGGGCAAGGUCAGCUGCCCACUGCCCUCCCUCUGGGGCUAUUUGAGGAAUGCGGUCCUUUUGCAUAAGAAAGGCUUUUCUCUGCAAUAAUUGUGUUCGCUGAUCAAUGACACCUUCCUGACCCUCAGUUUCAUCUCAACACAGAACGCUCCAAAAGUCCUUGCUACUCCACAGCAGAGAACUCUCUUGAAGCAAUAACAUGAGGAAAUAGUGGGCUUGCAUGGCUGCCUCCCAUGCCUCAGAUGUAAGUGGGAUCCGUGGAUCUGAAAAUUCACAGUGGCCCGCUCACCACCACCUGAUGAAAAUACACCACAGGGUGAGAGCAUCCUAACAGCAAACUGCAAAUGAAGUGGGUUUGCAGCUGCACAGAGAAGGGACCCCAGAUACUUUGAUGAAGGUAAUUGGGACUCCCAUCAAAUCUCCAUGCAGCCACGUGGGGCACUUCUCCAGCCUCAGUAUAUAUAAGUGGAACUUAGAAGGCAAUAUUCCCUGAACAUACUCUUCCACCAGAAUCUCCUCUACAGAUUUUUGCUGCCCGUUUUACCAGUGGCUGAAGCUACCUUCUCUUAUGAUCAGAUCUGACCCAGAAUCAACAGAACUGAAGCUGCAAAUUCAGCUUUGUGAAGGCUUCAGAUGUAGCCACGGUUAAAGAAGAUUGACAUUAAGCAGGGAUCGCUUACACCUGAGACGAACUACAGAACAGCACGUACCAGAGGUGGAAGUCCAAGUCAAACGCAGAAGGACUGCCUCACUGAGCAACCAAGAGUGUCAGUUGUACCCGAGGCGUUCCCAGCAGCAGCAAGUACCUGUGGUGGAUUUCCAGGCUGAACUGAGGCAGGCAUUCUUAGCUGAGACACCAAGAGGUGGUUAAAGCCAUAUUGGAAUAGAGAGGAAUCUGAUUCCAAGCAAAAACCAGGCUCCGUCUACUCUUUGAAGCUUCUGCCCAGCUUGCAUUGUUUUUAGGAGAACCUGCAUCAUACCUUUAUCUAUAGCCUUCCCCUAGGUCUUCAGAAGCACCAAGUUUUAACUGUGGACAUUGGAUUUGGUGGAACAGCAAUCAUGACUGUGGGCAAGAGUAGCAAGAUGCUGCAGCACAUUGACUAUAGAAUGAGAUGUAUCCUACAAGAUGGCCGAAUCUUCAUUGGCACCUUUAAGGCUUUUGACAAGCAUAUGAAUUUGAUCCUCUGUGAUUGUGAUGAGUUCAGAAAGAUCAAGCCAAAGAAUGCGAAGCAACCAGAGCGUGAAGAAAAGCGGGUUUUGGGUCUGGUGUUGCUGCGUGGGGAGAACUUGGUAUCCAUGACUGUGGAGGGGCCACCCCCCAAAGAUACUGGCAUUGCUCGGGUACCACUUGCUGGAGCUGCUGGAGGCCCUGGGGUUGGUAGGGCAGCUGGUAGAGGAGUACCAGCUGGUGUGCCAAUUCCCCAGGCCCCUGCUGGAUUGGCAGGCCCUGUCCGAGGAGUUGGGGGACCGUCCCAGCAGGUAAUGACUCCACAGGGAAGAGGCACUGUAGCAGCUGCUGCCGUUGCUGCCACCGCCAGCAUUGCUGGAGCCCCAACACAGUACCCACCAGGACGGGGGACUCCGCCCCCACCUGUUGGCAGAGCAACCCCACCUCCAGGCAUUAUGGCUCCUCCACCUGGUAUGAGACCACCCAUGGGCCCACCAAUUGGGCUUCCCCCUGCUCGAGGGACGCCAAUAGGCAUGCCCCCUCCGGGAAUGAGACCCCCUCCACCAGGAAUUAGAGGUCCACCUCCCCCAGGAAUGCGUCCACCAAGACCCUAGCAUACUGUUGAUCCAUCUCAGUCACUUUUCCCCCUGCAAUGCGUCUUGUGAAAUUGUGUAGAGUGUUUGUGAGCUUUUUGUCCCCUCAUUCUGCAUUAAUAAUAGCUAAUAAUAAAUGCAUAGAGCAAUUAAACUGUGA